AUGGCAAACCCACCAAGAGAAGUAGGAGCUGAAAAACGAAUAACUAUGAAAGAUUAUGCAAUGCCUACAAUUAGUAACACUACUUCAUGCAUAGUUCUAGGUGAUACAUCUAGGAAUUAUGAACUUAAGAGCAUUCAUUUUAAUAUGCUUCCUUCAUUUUAUGGUAUGCCUAGUGAGGAUGCAUUAACAUUCAUUAGAGAAUUUUAUGCCAUAGUUCAUACUUUCCCAUUAUCUGGACUUAAUGAGGAUCAACUAAGAAUGAGGACACCUGAUGAGGUUUAUAACAUCUUUGAGAUGUUAGGAGCUAAUUCUCAACAAAAGAGUGUGAGGACAAAGAGAAUAGAAGUAAAUGAAGUGGUAGCUAAUAGUAAGAUGACCAUGCAAUUGUCUGAAUUGACUAAGCAAGUUAAUAUGCUUACUUCAACAAAAAACUCACCAAAUAAUGAGGUAUGUGGUAUUUGUGGUAUUUAUGGUCAUAGUGCUAAUGUUUGUUCAUCUUUUGAUAAUUACAGAGAAAAUAUGUAUGACCAAAUAAAUUUGAUGGAUUCUUACCAACCUAUGCAUCCUAUGAAUGACCCUUAUUCUAACACAUAUAAUACAGAUAGGAUGGAGAGGAAUGAGAAAAAGACAGAUUCCAUUGAGGCUUCACUAAAACGUUUAGAAGCUCAAAUGGAACAAAUUGUUGAAGAACUCAAUAAAGAGGAACUAUCAAAUCAACCUGAACAAGCCAAUUCCAUUACUACUAUUAGAAGAGGUACACCUAAAAAUGAUGGAUUAGUGCAAAGCAAUGAGGAAAGCAUACAAAAGGAAGAAAAAGUAGAGCCUAAUCUUAGGCUGGAGAAGAAAGAAAAUGAAGCAUUUUCUAGAGCUAAAUUUCAUAAGGCAGCUCAGCCUUAUAAACCCCCUAUUCAUUUUCUAAACCAACCCAAAGACAGGAAAAAUGAUGAGAAUAAACCAGCUUAUGCAAAAUUCUUUGAAGAGUUGAACACCAACAAAAGGCGAUAUGCGAACAACGAAAAAGUACAAGUAGCAAGUGUAAUACUUCAACAUCAAUUGCCCCUUAAGAUGAAGGAUCCUGAUAGCUUCACCAUUGAUAUUACAAUAGGUGAUAAAAAACAUACAAAAGUCAUGUUAGAUUUGGGAGCAAGCAUCAACUUGAUGCCGUAUUCGAUAUAUGAACGACUUGGUUUGGGAGGGUUGAAGCCUACCACUAUGUCUCUACAAUUUGCAGACAUAUCGAUAAAAUACCCUAGAGGUAUAGUGGAAGACUUGCUAGUGCAAGUAGGUAAGUUAAUAAUUCCAGUUGAUUUUGUAGUACUUGAUAUGGAAAAUACACCAACAAGGGAUAAAGAGCAAACCAUACUCCUUGGUAGACCUUUCAUGACAACUACUAGAACUGUGAUUGAUAUGCAUGAUGAAAAACUUACCAUGACAGUUUUAGGAGAAACUGUAGAAUUUAAAGUGUUUGAUUUUCUAACUUUAUCUUCUAAAUCUACUAUUGAUAAGUGUUCAUAUAAUUAUUUAGAUUCUCUUGUUUAUGAACAAUUAUAUGAUGAUAUUCCAUUCUUAAUUGACAAGAGUUUUCAUGACACUUUAGAUGUUCGCAUAAAUAGUAUGAAGCCAUACUUGAAAGGAAUGACUUAUGACGAAAAGGUGGAGUGCGCGGAUGAACGCCCACCAUGA